UCCCUCCCUAAUACCAACAAUACAACAGAUCACAGUUCUAUGACACUAAUGUUAUGUGAAGACAGUCAUAUUAAGAAGAGGUCAAGACCAACAAUAUUUAGUGUAUUUCCAUCAAACAGAAAUUUAUUUAAAGGUUUAUACUCUCAUAGCUAUAACCAUUUCUAUUUCCCAUUGGAGACAGUCAUUCUGCCUCAAUGGCGUUUCAGGAUCUCUUGAAUCGAGUUGGAAAUAUGGGGAGAUUUCAGAUCCUUCAGAUAGCUUUCCUUCUGAUCUGCAAUGCCACAUUGACACCUCAGACUGUUUUGGAGAACUUCACUGCAGCCAUCCCUGAUCAUCGCUGCUGGGUCCACGUCCUUGAUAAUGAUACUGCCUCUGAUAUUGACAGUGGGAUCCUGAGCCAAGAUGACCUCCUGAGGAUCUCCAUCCCACUGGACUCUAACUCCAGGCCAGACAAGUGUCGUCGCUUUGUUCAACCACAGUGGCAUUUCCUUCAUUUGAAUGGCACGUUCUCCAAUGUGACAAAACCAGACACAGAGCCCUGUGAGGAUGGUUGGGUGUAUGAAAGAAAUACCUUCCUCUCCACCACUGUCACUGAGUGGGACCUGGUGUGUGGAUCUCAGGUACUGGUUUCAGUGUCUAAAUUUAUAUUCAUGGUUGGAAAUUUGAUAGGACCUUUCCUAGCUGGACACUUAUCAGACAGGUUUGGGAGGAGGUUAACCCUCAUAUGUGCUUUACUGCUGAUGGCCGUCAGUGGGACCUGUGCAGCCAUGGCUCCCACCUUCUUCAUCUACUGCUUACUUCGCUUCCUAACAGGGCUUUGUGUCAUACCCAUACACACAAAUAGUGUUUUGCUCAUGUUAGAAUGGACAAGCCAUAAAUUCAAAGCCUUGGUCACAACACUGUCAAUGUGUGCUCAAAGUUUUGGACUCAUACUAAUGUCAGGCUUGGCAUUUAUAUUUCGAAACUGGCACCACCUCCAGCUGGUAGUGUCUGUGCCAGUAUUUUUCCUCCUUAUACCCACAAGGUGGCUGUCUGAGUCAGCUCGGUGGCUGAUUGUGACCAACAAACCCCAGAAGGGCUUGCAGGAACUUAGAAGAGCUGCACGUAUGAAUGGAAUGAAGAGUUCUGAAGACACCUUAACCAUAGAGGUUGUGAGGACCACCAUGAGGGAAGAGCUGGAGGCAGCACAAGUAGAACCUGCUCUGUGUGACUUAUUCCGCACCCCCAACUUGCGAAAGCGUAUGUUUCUCCUGUGCCUUUUGAGAUUUACAACAGCGAUACCUGCAUUUGGAUUUAUCAUCCAUCUCCAACACCUGAAAAGUAAUGUCUUCCUGGUGCAGUGUCUCACAGCUGCAUCAGCCAUCCCAGCCUCUUUUGCUGCAAUGAUUUUGAUGAAUCGGAUUGGCCGUAGAAUAAGUCAAUUCUUUUUCUCUUUCCUGUUGGGGAUCUUCAUGCUGGCCACAGUGUCUGCUCCUGAAGAAAUGCAGAUACUGUGUGCAGUUUUGAUAACACUGACCGGAGCAAAUAUUUAUGCGGUUAUUAGUGGUAAUAAUCUACACGCAAGUGAGCUAAUCCCCACUGUGAUCAGGAGAAAUAGGACAGAAUCAUCAGAAAGCUACCAAAUGGUGGGAAAAUAUAGCGGGAACUAAUCAAACAAUAUUAUGCAAAGAGUUCACAGGAUGUCUCAACUAUGUCACACACCAAUUACAAGGAAGACUUGGAACCCACAUGCCCCAGCCCAGGACAAGAUGCUGCCAAGUCUGGUACUGGAAAAGGACACAGAACUGGCUCUGCAUUUGCCUUACAUCAAGGCCUCCGAGAAAGGCUUGGACUGGCCUGACUCCCAGCAGUUGAUGCUUGUUUUCUUCCUCCAAUAUUAAUGUUGAGGGUUUGCUGAGUUGCAGCGUUGCAUAUGGUUGUGUCUAUUCCAAGUGCAGUUUGUUUAUCUGUGGUACUAAGGGUAUGCAUGCACAUGCUCACAUGGAGAAAGCCACCUUUCCUUUUCCUCCUUGCAAAUCAUUUCACUAAGAAUGUUUCUGCAGUGCCUGCUUGGUUGUCAUUAAUUACCUUAAUUUGUAAUUGUCUUGGGCCACUCUCAUUUCUCCAUCGAUUUGGAAAAAUAAAUUUACUGGCUAAAACAUUUUUCUGACACAUAUAUAUUCAAAGCUUGACAUAUUUCAUUUGAUGUUCUUCUGGCUUUUAUGGUUGCUGGAAAAAAGUCUGUGGAAAUUCUCACAUUGCUGCCUUGUGCGUGAGUGGUUGCCUUUUCUUUGUUCCUUUUAGGAUUACAUCUUUACUUGUAUUUUGGCAUACUGACUAUAACAUGUCACAGAAUAUUUCUAUUUUUAUUAUGUGGUUUUGGAGUUCUCUAUGCCUCUUGAAAUAGUAUGUCUGCCUUCUGUACAUUUGGGAUAUUUUCUGCUUUAAUUUACUUAGUGGGCUAUCUAGUUCAUUACAUUUACUUGUUCUUUUUCUAUACCACAAAUUCUCAGGGUUGGCCUCUUGAACAUAUCCCAGAGCCUAUUAGAAUAUGAUGCGUUUGCUCCUCUUCUUAGAGGAAUGUCUCUAUGACAUUCAGCUAUUAGGACUAAUGAAACUGGUGUAUUGAAUGAAUUGCUAAAGUUGUCAUGGUUGUAUGCAAAGGACCGAGGGUAGAUCUGGAUACUAAGAACCAAGGUGACCAGCUGACACCAAAACCUUGGUCUUUAUUAUUAUUUUUUUAUUGCUUUAUAAAUAAUACCAUUCAAAAUUUCCACUUGCUUCCCUCCUCCCAUUUUCCUCCCGCUUCCCAUUCACCCUUCCCUCUCUCCCUCCAGUCCUAAGAGUGAAGGGUACUCUGCUCUGUGGGAAGUCCAAGGUCCUCCCCCUUCCAUCCAGGCUUAGGAAGGUGUGCAUUCAAAUAAACUAGGAUCCAAAAAAGCCAGUACAUACAGUAGAGACAAAUCCCAGUGCCAUUAUUGUUGGCUUCUCAGAUCGUCCCAGUUCUCAGCCACAUUCAGAGAGUCCAGUUUGAUCACAUGCUCAUUCAGUCCUAGUCCAGCUGGCUUUGGUGGGCUCCCAUUAGAUCAGGAACACUGUCUCAGUGGGUGGACCAACCCCUCACUGUCCUGACUUCCUUGCUCAUAUUCUCCCUCCUUCUGCUCUUCAACUGGACCUUGGGAGCUCAGUUCAGUGCUCCGAUGUGGGUCUCUGUCCCUAUCUCUAUCUGUUGCCGGAUGAAGGUUCUAUGAUGAUAUUCAAGAUAGUCGUGAGUCUGACUACGGGACAAGGCCAGUUCAGGCUCCCUCUCCUCCACUGCCCAGGGUCCUAGCUGGGGACAUCCCCAUGGAUACCUUAGAACCCCUCUAGAGCCAAGUCUCUUGCCAGCCCCAAAAUGGCUCCCUCAAUUAAGAUAUCUUCUUCCUGGCUCCCAUAUCAGUCCUUCCUCCAGCUCACCCAUCACUCUCCCCCAAGGUCUCCCCAACCCUUCCUUUCUCCCUUCUCUCUCCCCCCUUCCCUUCCCCUAACCCACCUCCACCCCAUGCUCCCAACUUUUUCCUGGUGAUAUUGUCUGCUUCCAGUUUUGAGGCGGAUUUAUAUAUGUUUUUCUUUGGGUUCACCUUAUUACUUAGAUUUUCUAGGAUUGUGAAAUAUAGGCUCAAUGUCCUUUGUUUAUGGCUAGAAUCCACUAAUGAGUGAGUACAUACCAUAUUUAUCUUGUUGGGUCUAAGCUAUUUCACACAGGAUAGUGUUUUCUAUUCCUAUCCAUUUACAUACAAAAUUUAAGAUGUCAUUGUUCUUUACCACUGAGUAGUACACACUUUCUUUAUCCAUUCUUCCAUUGAGGGGCACCUAGGUUGUUUCCAGAUUCUGGCUACUACAAAUAAUGCUGCUAUGACCAUGGUUGAACAAAUGCUUUUGUAGUAUGAUUGAGCAUCUUUUGGGUAUAUUCCCAAGAGUGGUAUUGCUGGAUCCUGAGGUAGGUUGAUUCCCAAUUUUCUGAGAAACCACCAUACUAAUUUCCAAAGUGAUUGUACAAGAUUGCAUUCCCAUCAGCAAUGGAUGAGUGUUCCUGUUACUCCACAUUCUCUCCAACAUAGGAUAUCAUUGGUGUUUUUGAUUUUAGCCAUUCUGACAGGUGUAAGAUAUCUCAAAGUUGUUUUGACUUGCAUUUCUCUGAUAGUUAAGGAAGUUGUCCUUAUGUAUCUUUUGGUCAUUUGAGAUUCUUCUGUUGAGAAUUCUCUGUUCAGUUCAGUACACUAUUUUUUAAUUGGGUUAUUUAGAAUUUUAAUGUCUAGCUUCUUGAGAUCCCUAUAUAUUUUGGAGAUCAGACCUUUGUCUGAUAUGGGGAUAGUGAAGAUAUUCUCCCAUUCAGUAGGUUGCCUUUUUGUCUUAAUAACUGUGUCCUUUGCUUUACAGAAGCUUCUCAGUUCAGGAGGUCCCAUUUAUUUAUUAUUGCUCUAUUGUCUGUGCUACUGGAGUUAUAUAUAGGAAGUGGUCUCCUGUGCCCAUGCAUUGAAUGCUACUUGCCACUUUCUCCUCUAUCGCGCUCAUGGUGGUCAGGUUUAUAUUGAGGCCUUUAAUCCAUUUGGACUUGAGUUUUGUGCAUGGUGAUAAUAUUGGAUUUAUUUUCAUUCUCCCAUAGGUUGACAACCAGUUAUGCCAGCACCAUCUGUUAAAGAUGAUUUCUUUCUUCCAUUAUAUAAUUUUAGCUUAAAGUUGAUUAUUGUUCUCUCAAGGUCUGUGAAGAAUUUUGUUGGGAUUUUGAUAGGGAUUGCACUGAAUCUAUAGAUUGCCUUUGGUAGAAUUGCCAUUUUUACUAUGUUGAUCCUCCCAAUCCAAGAGCAAGGGAGGUCCUUCCACUUUCUGGUAUACUCUUCAAUUUCUUUCUCAAAACUUAAACCUUGAAGUUCUUGUCAAAUAGAUAUUUCACUCCCUUGGUUAGUGUUACCCCAAGAUACUUUAUGCUAUUUGUGGCUAUCAUGAAAGGUGAUGUUUCUCUGAUUUCCUUCUCUGCUUCUCUAUCCUUUGUGUAUAGGAGGGCUACUGAUUUUUUUUUUUAGUUGAUCUUGUAUCCUGCCACAUCACUGAAGCUAUUUAUCAGCUAUAGACCUCUGGGAAAGUUUUUGGGGUCACUUAUGUACACUAUCAUAUCAUCUGCAAAUAACGAAAGUUUGACUUCUUCCUUUCUGAUUCGAAUUCCCUUGAUCCCCUUAUGUUGUCUUAUUGCUAUUGCUAGAACUUCAAGCACUAUAUUGAAGAGAUAUGGAGAGAGUGGACAGCCUUGUCUUGUUCCUGAUUCUAGUGGAAUGGCUUUAAGUUUCUCUCCAUUUAAUUUGAUGUUAGCUGUUGGCUUGCUGUAUGCUGCUUUUAUUAUAUUUAGAUAUGAUUCUUGUAUCUCUAAUCUCUCCAAGAUUUUUAUCAUAAAGGGGUGCUGAAUUUUGUCAAAUGCUUUUUCAGCAUCUAAUGAAAUGAACAUAUGGUUUUUUUCUUUCAGUUUAUUUAUAUGAUGGAUUCUAUUGAUAGAUUUUUGUAUGUUGAACCAGCCCUGCAUCUCUGGGAUGAAGACUUCUUGAUCAUAAUGGAUAUAUUUUUUUUAUGUAUUCUUGGAUUUGGUUUGCCAGUAUUUUAUUGAUAAUUUUUGCAUUGAUGUUCAUGAGUGAGACUUGUCUGUAAUUCUCUUUCUUGGUUGAGCCUUUUGUAGUUUUGGUAUCAGGGUAACUGUAGCUUCAUAAAAAGUGUUUGGCAAUGACUCUUCUGUUUCUAUUAUGUGAAAUGCAUUAAGGAGUAUAGGUAUUAGCUCUUCUUGGAAGUUCUGGUAGAAUUCUGCAUUAAAACCAUCUGGUCCUGUUUUUUUUUUAAUUGGGAGGUUUUUGAUGACAGCUUCUAUACUGUUUUAUAGGUCUAUUUAAAUUGUUCACCUGGUCUUGAUUUAAUUUUGGUAUAUGGUACUUAUGUUAAAAAAAAUGUCCAUUUCUUUUACAUUUUCCAAUUUUGUGGCAUACAGGCUUUUGUAGUAAGACCUAAUGAUUUCCUCAGUGUCUGUUGUUAUGUCCCCCUUUUCAUUUCUGAUCUUGUUAAUUUGAGUGUUCUCUCCCUGCCUUUUGAUUAGUUUGGAUAGGGGUUUGUCAAUCUUGUUGAUUAUCUCAAAGAACCAGCUCUUUGUUUCAUUGAUUCUUUGGAUUGUUUUCUGUGUUUCUAUUUUGUUGAUGUGCCUUACCCUCUCUGUAUGUGGAGGAAAUGGGAGGAAGGAAGGGAGUGGGAACUUGGAUUGUUAUGUAUAAUGAAAAAAGAGCAAAAAUUUCCAAAGCAAAGUAAUUACCAGCAACCUUAAUUUAUAAUAUACUACAUAUUGAUUCUCUUAACAAUGCAGUUGGCUAAAACCCAAUACAGUAAAUUCAGUUUUGCUAUUUUUUUUUAAUUCUAUUUUAUGU